CGCUGUGAUUUUGAAGCUUCAGGUCUCCACUAAUGGAGUGGAAAUACAGUUUCCCUCGAGCUUAGAAGUAGCAAAAGGUUAAAUUAACGAAAUCGAGCAGCCAACAGACUGAGGACAAACACACGAACAGGAGCGUGCAGAAAUGUCUCCCUUCGAAAAUAAAGGACUCAUACUGGGUGUAAUGGCAGGGACUGCUGGAUUAAGCCUGGUGCUGGUUUGGUACCGCAAGAUCCGAAAACGUGGGGCAGCUGUGCGUGUACGUGCGUUCCAGGAUAUAGGUAACAGACUUAAUUCUGUGGGCUGGCAAAAUGAGGCUCCUAAUGAGCAAGGAGCGGUGAUGGUUUUACAUGGGAGGCAACUGCAGAUAUUAGAAAAAUUGAAUGGCCUGCUACUAAGUGUGGACGAACUGAAGAGAGAGGUGGAAUUUCUGAAAGAAGCUAUUCCAAAGCUUGAAGAGCUUGUUCGAAACGAGCUUCAGGGGAAAGGUGACGUUCAGAGAGUUAGCCCGUCACACAGAGCAACAAGGCGGAGAAAAGCUGAGACAACUUCUGGCGCAAGAGAAACUACCAGCUCUGAGGAGGCGGAAAGUGAAGGAGGUUAUCUUACAGCUCAUACUGAUUCUGAAGGAGACUCUGAGGAAGAAAAGAGAUGUAAGAAGGCACCUGAUGCCAUGGUGAAAUCAGAAGAAGAAGAAGAGUUAUUUAAUUUUUUACAGCAGGUGGACAAUUUGCACAAGGGUUCAGAGGAUGAUAAAAAGAAGGGCUUCAGACUGCUGCUUGAGAAAGAUAACAAGUAUGAAAACUGUGUGGACUUUCUAUGGAGACUUGCACGUGCUUAUGGAGAUCUGUUUGAGAUGACUACUGAUGCUGAGGAGAAGAGGAACUAUGUUAUUGAUGGAAAGAUUAAAGCUGAAAAGGCUGUUCAGCUGGAUGACAGGAGUGCUGAGAGUCACCAGUGGUUUGCAAUUAUGUGUGGCUAUAUGUCUCAGUUUGAAAGUGUACAAAACAAAAUCAGGAAUGGUUAUCUCUUUAAGGAGCAUCUAGACAAGGCGAUUGAACUUAAGCCUCAAGAUCCCUUUUUAUAUUACCUCAAUGGAAGAUGGUGCUAUUCAGUAGCUCAGUUGUCUUGGAUUGAAAAGAAGGUAGCCACUGCUCUCUUUGGGACUCCACCAACUUCAACAGUAGAAGAAGCACUGCAGAAUUUCCUUAAGGCAGAAGAAAUGCAUCCAGGAUAUUCCAAAUGCAAUUAUGUGUAUUUGGCAAAGUGCUAUAAAGAUCUUGGCCAGAAAAACAAUGCACUGAAGUACUGUGAUUCUGCGCUGUCAGUUCUCUCAGUUACUAAUGAGUCUCUAUCUCUGCUCCUGAAAGCCGCGGUUUGUGAUUCUUGUCAAGGGCAGUAUGUUGACUGCAGCAGAGGAAGAUGAGUUAUUCAAGGAUAAAGAGGCCCAGAAAGACUUAGAGGCUUUACUUCUCACUCUGAAGCUCUGAUACCACGUACUUUUUAACUCUUAAUGCUGUAACAAAAUUGCAAAACUAAAAUGAGAAUCUACAGGGGCUGGAAACUGCAAGUGAAUUUCAGCUACGUCAAUGGGAAAACAGUCAUUGAUUUUGGUUGGCAUGGAUCAUGGCCUUUAAGCAUUUGGUGAUUAUGAUAUGAAAAUAAUACACUGAUUUUUGAUUAUUUAUAAUCUUGUUCUGAAGUGUAAUUUUAGAUUGCUGACGCUGUGAGUCUGAUUCUCUGAGCAUGAAGUCCACUGCUGGCAAUGGACAUACUGGGGGUUAGAAUGCAAAAUGCAUAAAUCUCGCUCUUUGAAAAUUAAUCAACUAGUAGGUGAUGCCAGCAUAGAACUGUGUGUAGCAUAAACAAACAAUGUUUCUAUAGUAAAUUAUAUUUAUAUCAACCAAUUUACACAGAUGUGUACAGAAGAAAAUCAUGAAUAUUUAUGUUUACACAUUUCUCUACUCUUAUAAAAUUAUAAUCUUGUUGAAGUUAAAGAAAGCUGUUGCCUCCACAAGACUCUUUUUACUUUAAACCUACUGUUCAUUUUACAUUGAAAUGGGAAAAUUUUAUAAAUUAAAUAUUAAAGCUUUAAUUUAUUUGUAACAUCAAGUACAAUAUUAAAGAUCAGACCAAUGAAAUUACGUGGUUUAGAUUAAUAUAUGUGACAUUUAAUGGAUUAGUGUCAGGACUUCCAUCAAGUUUGUGAAUUCUGGCUCUUUCUCUUUGAAGAGUUGCCUUGUGUGGUGGCAUCAGUGUGUCUUUGGAAAACCUAGUCCAACGUGUGUCCAUCAUUAGCCUUUUAUAUCAUUUAUGUAACAUAACCUGUACGUAAAAAUAGACUACUUAAAGACCUACUACUUCUGUCUGAGUGUGUAGGACAGCAGUGCUUGCAAUAAAAUGUAACAGCUGGGGAAAGAAUUUCCAUUCACCACUGGACUGAUCCAGAAUUCACCAAAGUCUGUAAAAGAAUAAAAGCCAAUUUUCAUUGGCUUUUAAUUCAGGAUCUUAAUUUAGAUGCAGGGAAUGUAUCUGGAAUAAGUAUGCAUUUCUGUUAAAGGAAAUAAAAUUGGAUAAGGACAACUACA